AUGGAUAACCUACCAAAAUGUCAAGCAAAUUAUACUACACUCACUCCUUUAACUUUCUUGAUGAGAGCUUCUGCUUCUUAUGCAAACCGUCUCUCACUUAUCCAUGAUGCAGCCCGGUUCACUUGGUCACAAACUUAUGACCGGUGCCGCCGCCUCGCCUCUUCCCUUCGCGCUCUCAAUAUCGCUAAAAACGAUGUUGUAUCAGUGUUGGCGCCUAACAUUCCGGCAAUGUAUGAGAUGCAUUUUGCAGUACCUAUGGCAGGAGCUGUGCUAAACGCAAUCAACAUCCGUCUCGACGCGAAGAACAUAGCGACAAUUCUGCGACACUCCGAAGCGAAAGUCUUCUUCGUCGACUACGAAUUUGUAUCCAAAGCAAAAGAUGCUUUGAGAUUACUCAUGGAAGAAAAGGAUCAACAAAACUACUCGUCACUUCCACUAGUAAUCGUCAUAGACGACAUAAACACUCCGACCGGGAUCAGACUAGGCGAGCUCGAAUACGAACAGAUGGUUCGUCGCGGUAAUCCAAAUUACAUGCCAGAAGAAAUCCAAGAUGAAUGGUCACCAAUUGCAUUGAAUUACACAUCAGGUACAACUUCAGAACCUAAAGGUGUUGUUUAUAGUCACAGAGGUGCUUACCUUAGUACUCUGAGUUUAAUCCUUGGAUGGGAAAUGGGUAGUGAGCCUGUUUAUCUCUGGACAUUACCUAUGUUCCAUUGUAAUGGUUGGACUUUCACUUGGGGAAUUGCUGCAAGAGGAGGAACUAAUAUAUGUAUCAGAAACACUGCAGCAUGUGAUAUAUAUAGAGCCAUAAAUCUCUUUAGUGUGACACACAUGUGUUGCGCGCCGAUUAUUUUCAAUACUAUUCUAUCAGCAAAAGCGAGCGAAAAGAGGCCGAUAAAAACUCCGGUUAAUAUACUAACCGGUGGAGCGCCUCCGCCCGCUUCGCUGCUUGAGAGAAUGGAGCCGCUCGGUUUUCAUGUGACACAUGCUUAUGGACUAACGGAGGCAACGGGACCAGCACUUGUUUGUGAGUGGCAGAAGAAAUGGAAUGAGUUACCGAAGACGGAGCAAUCGAUGCUGAAAGCGAGGCAGGGUGUGAGCAUUCUAACACUAGCUGAUGUUGAUGUGAAGAAUCUUGAAACAAUGGAGAGUGUGGCAAGAGAUGGGAAAACAAUGGGGGAGAUUGUUUUGAAAGGAAGUGGAAUCAUGAUGGGGUAUUUUAAAGACGGAGAAGCGACGGCGAAGGCGUUCGGAGACGGUUGGUUUAGAACCGGAGAUGUUGGUGUUAUACAUGAAGACGGUUAUUUGGAAAUCAAAGACCGAUCCAAAGAUGUGAUUAUUUCCGGAGGUGAAAACAUCAGCAGUGUAGAAGUUGAAAAUGUUUUGUAUAGUCAUCCAAGUAUUUUAGAAGCUGCUGUUGUUGCAAUGCCACAUCCAAAAUGGGGUGAAAGUCCUUGUGCUUUUGUGUCACUUAUGAAAAACAAUGAAGAUGAAAAAAGUGAUUAUUCUUGUGUCGCUGAGGAUGAGAUAAUUGCUUAUUGCAGAAAGAAUUUACCACACUUUAUGGUACCUAAGAAGGUUGUUUUUAUGGAGGAAUUACCAAAGACUGCAACUGGUAAGAUUCAGAAAUUUGAGUUAAGAGUCAAAGCUAAAUGUUUUGUGGUAAAUGAUGAUGAGAAGAAUAAGAGCAAGAACAAGAACAAGAAGAAUAAUAAUAAUCAAGUCAAUCAAAACAGUGACCAGAUUAUGGCUCUGUCUCGUCUUUAA